UCCCAAUAAUAUUUUUAAAUUCAUCAAUAUCAAAAUACUUAAAACCCCUAAACAAAAUCUCCAGAACAUUUUGCAGUUUGUCGACUUCUAGUUAUAAAAUUAUAAAUUAUUAAUAACAAAAAUCAAAAACGUUUCAACAAAUAAGUCCUUAAGACCACUUGAACCGCGAAAAUAUGUUGCAAAUCAGUCGAGUGAUUCUGAAGAAACAAGAAAACUGUUGUAGGUAGUCUAUAGGUUAUUUUGGAAAUUUUGCUGUUCGAAAUAUUGAAAUUAGCAGCAUGAUUGACGAAGCUGUAAUUUCUCAAGAGUUACGUGCAGGAAGCUCACAUUCAGCGGCACAAUCUAAUAAUGCAAAGACUUGAGUCAGCAGUCAGUGGAUUUCGAAACGGCUAUAUCUCAUACAGGCUAUGGCAAGUUCAACUACUUCCUGCUGCUGAUUGCGUUCCCGGCGACAUGCUCAAACACGUUCGACACGACCUCCAUGUCAUUGGCGUUGCCCUCCGCCGCCUGCGAACUGCAGCUAACCGAUUUCGACAAAGGCUGUUUAAACGGUGCCAUCUUUGCAGGUAUGAUUUCGAGCGCAUUUCUGUGGGGUUUUCUCUCGGAUACGUUUGGAAGACAGCGACUGCUGACCAUCGGCUAUUCCAUUGACGCCGUGUUCGGCCUCAUUUCUGGCACCUCACAGACUUUCUGCACCAUCCUCAUCUUCAAGUUCCUCAGCGGGGUUGCGAUUUGUGGUCCUUACUCCAUAUUUGUAGCUUAUCUAUCCGAACUGUUCACCGGGAAGUACAGAGACAGUGUAAUCAUGAGUACUGGAAUAUUCACUUCAAUUGGAGGCAUCAUACAACCCAUUAUGGCCUGGUACCUGAUCCCCAAGAAAAUGCACUACGAUUUCUUCAACGGCGCCAUUAGGGUGAACUCAUGGCGCAUUUUCAUCCUAAUCUCAACAUUGCCUUCCAUCAUGGCGGCCGUGCUGACAGCGUUCUGCGUCGAGAGCCCCAAAUUCCUGAUGGCACAGGGGCGUCGCGACGAAGCACUGCGCGUCUUCAGAACUAUCUAUGCCAUCAACACUGGCAAGCCAGCUCACACCUAUCCGAUAAAGAAGUUACGAGAUGAGAGAAGGAAAUCAGUGAUUGCUGAACAAGCUGAGAGAAGACGACAAAUUUCUAAUAAGGCUCUAUUUGUAAUUAGCAGUUUCUGGCAACAAAUUACUGCCUUAUUCAAGAAGCCUCAUCUCAAUAAUGCAGUUCAUGUUUUUAGUGUCCAAUUCGCAGCUUUACUAUCAAUGAAUACAGUACGUUUAUGGAUGCCAGAAUUCUUUUUCAAAAUUGAACAGAUCCCAAACGUAACCAGUAAAAUGGUCUGUGAGAUCGUACUAUUGAACAUAACAAGGAAAGUUACUAAUUGUGAUGAGAUAACAGUUGAUCCCAAUGUUUACACAAAACUAAUAUAUGUGGCAUUCAUAACAACAAUAUGCUUUAUAGGUGGCAGCUACUUAAUUAGUGUAAUAGGAAAAGAGCAAUUCCUACUUUUCACGUUUGUGACAGCUUCUCUGAGUGGCUGGAUAUUUUUCGUGGUGUACCUCCACAUGGGCAGUACACUGCUGCGCCAUUUAUAUAUCAGUAUUACAAGCCAAUACUGUUGCCAUACUGGGGGUUGUUGUACAAUUUUUCCCAACCCAUCUCAGGACAAUGGCUGUGAGUAUGACAAUGAUGUUUGGCAGAUUGGGUGUGCUCCUGGGGAGUUUGGCAUUUACCUCCGUACUAUCAAUGAGUUGCUGGGCGCCUUUCAUCAUUGUCGGUACAAUCACAUUUUGUUGUGCCCUCGCUAUCAUUCCACUCCUACCAUCGAAGCAGAGAGUCAAUAGUGCCAGUCAACAAGUAAAUUCAUCAUGAAAUAAGAAGUGUAAACUUAACAAGAAAUAGAAUUAUUUUUUGAGGUUGUAUAUUAUUCAGCCGGUUUAUAACAGCCAAAUUUCAAUUCAAGGUGGCGCUUGAACAUCUUGGAACUAUUUAUUCUAAGAAAAGGAUGUCGGCAGUCGUUACUCACAACAUUUAUUAGAUUCUCUCAUCAAAUACGAUUUCCAAGAUUGAGGUUCCAGACUUUAUAGGGAAGUUGGUUUAUAAAGAAGCAUACGUGGAAAUGAUUUUAUUUGAAUUGUAAUGUUUAAUAUAAUAAAUACUACAAAAAUUCAAGACUUAA